AUGCAAGAUUCUACCUCGCCGUCACCAUCGCUACCUCCCGCCCCUUCGGUGCGAUCUUCGGUCAUCCUUUCAGCGAAAUUACCCUAUGUAAAGCGAUCAAAUGCGACCAUCUCUGAUGCUCAGAGGAAAGCCCUGCGUAUCUUUGCAUCUGAGACACAUCCCAAACCUACCCAGAAAGCUUGUGCUGCAUGGUUUCAUGAGAAAUUUGGCCGUAUAAUCGAUCGCACGACAGUUUCUCGAACCCUUUCAUCUCAGUAUAGCUACCUGGAUAACGGCGAAGCUGGGACUAAAUCGGGAAAGUCUACUGCACACUGGCCGCUGUUGGAUGAGGCUUUAUUCCAGUGGCAACAACGACACACAGAGAAGGGGUUUCCUAUAACAGGGCCCUUGAUUCGUCUUAAGGCUGAAGAAUAUUGGAAGAAGAUACCGAUGUACCAAGAUCAGACUAUGCCUGCAUUUAGCGAUGGCUGGUUAACCGGCUUUAAACGUCGAUAUUCUAUUAGAUGGCAUACCUUUCAUGGUGAGGCUGCCUCAGUCCCGGACUCGAUACAUCAUGAGAUGAAAGCGAUCCAGGUUAUCUGCGAUGAAUAUGCGCCUGAGGAUAUCUAUAAUAUGGAUGAGACUGGCCUUUACUGGCGUCGUAUGCCUAAUGGUGGGCUUGCAUCUGAAGGUCGUCCUGGCCAGAAAAGAGACAAGACGAGGAUAACUAUCGUCGUCGCAUCAAAUACGACCGGUUCGGAUCGAUUACCUCUCUGGAUUAUUGGAACUGCAAAGACACCUCACGCAUUAAGGGGUGUGAAUAUGGCUUCUAUUGGAUGUAAGUGGCGCUAUAAUAAGAAGGCUUGGAUGCGACACGAAAUUAUGGAACAAUGGUUACGCACUUUUUACCUACGGAUCGGUAGGCAGAGACGUGUACUUCUAUUGAUGGAUAAUUUCAGUGCACACCUUAUGGCUCUUAAAAAGGCGCUACCGCCGUCUAAUAUCCGGAUAGUCUUCUUCCCAGCGAACGCUACAUCUAUCUACCAGCCCUUAGAUCAGGGUAUUAUCCAAAACCUUAAGCAUUACUAUCGCAAGAGCUGGAUGUAUUGGAUGAUAAGUAUGCUAGAUCGUGGCAUCGAUCCACGUGAACGUAUGAGUCUGAACUACACGCUACGGUGGUUAACGCAAGCGUGGCGAACAAAGGUCACCAACGAGACUAUUCAGAACUGUUAUAUUAAGAGUACUGUUGUUCCUGGGUGCCGACUAUCUCGUCAAGAUCAGGCUGAUCAAGACCAGACAGAAAGUAACCUACUGGACCCUGAAUUAAAGCCUCUUUAUAAUCAGGUUGUUGAGAAGCUUGCGUUUCAACCGGAUGCGGAUGAAAUACUACCAUUCGAUGAGUUUCUCAACCCAUCAGAUGAAAAUGUUGAUACUACGGAGCCAGAGUUAGACGACAUCAUCAUCAACUUGGGUGGUGAGGAUAUCGACGAUGAUCUACCUGAUCCUGACGAGGAAUAUAUAUUUGGGCCAAAACCAGAGGUACCGUCCGACACGGUAAUUCUACGACACCUAUCAGAUCUAUCACUAUGGGCUGCACAUAGAGAGGGAUGCACAGAGGAGCAUAUGUCGUCAAUCGAGGCUUUAUCCAAAGCUUUCAAGAAGCUUGAGGUGGAUGGGAAGAGAGAGAAGACACUGAUGGAGAUGGGAUUUAAACCUAAAUAG